AGUACCACCGAAACAGAUAUAACAACAGGAUUACAAAUUACGUUCAGAUAAGCUUCCUCCUUUCUUACACCAUUCAACAAUGGCGGAACCUUCAACAAUCCUCUUUCGAACCACCCUACUCCAUUUCCCAUCUUUCUUCAAUCAAACCCAUCAUAAUCCUUCAUUAUUUAUAAAACCCAUUUUCCAUACAAGUACAACCAAACCCACCUCAGAACACCCUAUUUCUCGAAUUCGGUGCUCCAUUUCCACUUCUGAAGCUCCAUCUUCUACUUCAACGGAAAAAAUUUUAUGGGGAUGUGAAGCUGACUCUUUGGAGAAUGCUGAAGCCUUGCAGAAAUGGCUAAAUGGAUCGGGUCUUCCUGCUCAGAAAAUGAAGAUAGAGAAGGUGGAUGUUGGAGAAAGAGGUCUAGUUGCUAAUAAUAAUAUUAGAAAAGGGGAAAAGUUACUCUUUGUUCCUCCUUCUCUUGUUAUUACUGCUGAUUCGGAGUGGGGCUGUCCUGAAGCUGGUGAAGUGCUGAAAAGAAAUUCUGUGCCGGAUUGGCCGUUGCUUGCAACAUACCUAAUAAGUGAAGCAAGUCUAAAGGGUUCAUCAAGAUGGAGCAAUUAUAUAUCAGCCUUGCCUCGGCAACCCUAUUCACUUUUGUACUGGACACGUUCGGAACUGGAUAGAUAUUUGGAAGCUUCCCAGAUUCGAGAAAGAGCUAUCGAAAGGAGUAACGAUGUAAUUGGAACAUACAACGAUUUAAAGCUCAGGAUAUUCUCUAAGCACCCUGAGUUAUUUCCUGAACAAGUGUUCAACAUGGAAACUUUUAGAUGGUCAUUUGGCAUCCUUUUCUCUCGAUUGGUAAGAUUGCCCUCAAUGGAUGGUAAUGUAGCAUUGGUACCAUGGGCAGAUAUGUUAAACCACAGUUGUGAGGUGGAAACUUUUUUGGAUUAUGACAAGUCUUCAGAGGGUAUCGUCUUCACAACUGACCGUUCUUACCAGCCAGGUGAGCAGGUGUUUAUAUCAUAUGGGAAAAAAUCUAAUGGGGAGCUAUUGCUGUCAUAUGGUUUUGUUCCGAAAGAAGGAACUAAUCCUUCUGAUUCUGCUGAAUUGUCUUUGUCGCUUAAGAAAUCCGACCAAUGUUACAAGGAGAAGCUGGAAGUUUUGAAGAAAUAUGGCUUAUCAGGGUCUCACUGCUUUCCUCUGCGAGUGACGGGUUGGCCGGUGGAGAUGAUGGCAUACGCCUAUUUGGUAGUCAGUCCACCAUUCAUGCUAAAACAAUUCGACGAGAUGGCUGCUAUAGCAUCAAAUACAACAAAGUCGAAGAAGGAUAUUAGGUACCCCGAAUUGGACGAGCAAGCUUUACAAUUCAUUUUAGAUAGUUGUGAAGCGAGCAUUGCAAAAUACUCGAAAUUCUUGCAGGCUAGCGGAACGAUGGAUUUGGAUGUGACCUCGCCAAAGCAGCUCAACCGAAGAUUGUUCUUGAAGCAACUAGCCGUAGACUUGUGUAACAGCGAGAGGAGGAUAUUGUACCGCACUCAAUAUAUACUACGAAGGAGGUUAAGAGACAUAAGAUCCGGUGAACUGAGAGCUCUUCGAAUAUUUGAUGGGUUUCGGAACUUGUUUAAGUGAAUGCCUUCGAUUAAACAUCGGUGUGUUGUAAUGUAUUACGUGUAAAAAUUUGUUUCGCGUUGCUAGGCAUAUCAAUUUGGUGGUUUUGCGUUGAUGUAAUGUGCACGGAUCUACACCUUAUAAAAUGAAUUGAAGAUUAUACGAGUUUAUUGAAUUGCUUGAUUGUUUUGCGUU